UGGCCACUAUAAACAUAUUACGCGCACGUGAACAUGGAGUUCCAGGAUUUAUAAAAUAUAAAAGGCUUUGUGGCUCGGAAGACAUUGACGAUUGGCCAAAAAUGGUUUAUCAUUUCCGGAAUUCCACUAUCGACCAUUACUUGGAUUUGUACAGCGACAUCGAGGACAUAGACUUGUGGUCAGCGGGGGUGGCGGAGGUGCCGCGAAGGGGUAGCCUGGUGGGGCCGACCUUCAACUGCAUCAUCGCCGGUACAUUCAGGGAUGUCAGGCGUGGCGACCGAUUCUGGUACGAAAACGAUGGCUGGCCAAGCUCUUUCACACCAGAACAGCUUUCAGAGAUCCGAAAAAUUAAAUUAUCCAGGCUUUUAUGUGAUGCUGGUGACAAUAUUCCCACCUUACAGCUGAGAGCCAUGGAAAUAAGUGACUACAAUGU